UGCUCCGGCGAGCAGUGGCGAUGCUACUACGGGCUCAGGGCGUCCACCGCGACGGGGCGCGCGUUCGGCGUGCUCAACGCGCUGGGCGCCGUGGCGUUCGCGUACGCGAGGUGAUGGAGAUACAGGCCACCAUCUCGUCGACGCCGGAGACGCCGUCCAAGAGGCCCAUGGGCCGCGGCGUCGUGGUGGCCUACGCCCUCGUCGCACUCUGCUACUUCUCCGUCGCCUUCGGCGGAUCCCUUGCAUCAUCUGGCUCAUGCUGCACAAGCCCAAGAAGUGCUGCUGGUGGUGGUGGAUUCGUGCAGCAGCUUCUUAUAGAAUGGAAUGGAGGUUAACUUGCUUGCUGUUUUUUCUUGGAUCGGAGAAGGGAGAAGCAGAGAGAGCUGGAGGUAGAAGAAAGGUGGACGUCAUUCUCUAGGAUGGGAAAAGGCAGUGGUAUUAGAGUUUUUCGCAUACUCCAUGCUGGCCAGCCGAUUUGGCGUGCCAUGUCAUCAAAAUUGGUAAAUAGCUAGUCUCA